AUGAGAGACCUUCGAUUCUUGUUCUCGAAGCCCGGCAACUGUGCUCGGGUGCGACGGGACGAAAUGGUGAGCCAAAAAGCCCAUGAGACUCUUGCGCGAGCACUGACAAUUGAAGGUGGUCACCUUAAGCCAGAUUCAUAUAACGCGAUUUCUGGGUACACAUCUGAGUAUGGGAUAGAAGCUGCCGCUGAGGUUGCUUCGUUUGAAGCUGCAAACGUUAAAGCUGUUACUGAAUACGUCCAGCAAAACAAAAUUGAUUGCGACUUUGUGCUCACGAGGGCGGUCGAUGUGCAACUCUCCACCGGCCAUCAGCAUCGCAUCAAGGAAGGUUAUGACAAGCUUAUUGCUGCGGGGAUUGAAACAACCAAGGAUACGUUUUGCGUUGAGGGAAAGGAUGCUGAAAUGAUGUCGGGCGUUAAGGGCGCAAAGGGGUGCUUUACCUACACAGCAGGACAUCUUUGGCCCUACAAACUUAUCCAUCACAUGUUUUCAGAAGCAAUCAAACAAGGAAUCAACUUGCAAACUAAUACACCAGUUACUUCUGUCUCCGAUACCCAGGAUGUUACAGGCCAUUGGACCUUACAUACCAGCAGGGGUGGAGUCAGAGCGCGAAAGGUCGUGUUCGCAACCAAUGCCUACACAGGUUCACUACUCCCCGAAUACAAAAGCAAGAUCAUUCCGUAUCGCGCUGUAUGCAGCCGGAUCAAAACCCCGGGGCCACAUUCUCUUCUCAACAAUACCUACGCUCUUCGAUUCUCAGACUGGAACUUUGACUACUUAAUCCCUCGGUUAGAUGGAAGUAUCAUUGUUGGUGGAGCUCGAGAUGCAUAUAUCAGAUCUGUUGACUCAUGGUAUGGGAACGUCGAUGACACUCAAGUCAUUGAAGAAGCGCGAUCAUACUUUGAUGGUUACAUGCAGAGGCAUUUCCAUGGAUGGGAGGACAGCAGGGCAUAUAUCGAUGAUAUAUGGACUGGAAUCAUGGGAUACUCUUCCGACCGGCUCCCUCGAGUAGGACCUAUACCUGGUCGACCAGGCAUGUUUAUCAUGGGAGGCUUUACUGGCCACGGUAUGCCGCAAAUCUACCUGUGCGGGCAGGCGAUGGCGAAGUUUCUCCUGAAAGAUGUUUCUUUCAAGGAGACUGGGUUGCCCCGAUUAUUUGAGGAAACGCAGGCUCGUUUGGAAGAUCCUAGAGACAGGGUGCUGGAGUUGUAUGCUUCGGUUCUCAAUCCCUCGAUAUUAUAA